GAUAGAGGCAAAGCAGACAAGGUAAGACAUUAUUGCAUCAACAACUAAUGUUUUUUUUUCUCUUCAAUUUUAAAAGUAUAAGUUUUUUUCUGUUUAUUCAAAAUGUAAAGUAUAUUAAUUUACGUUUUUGUUGAAAACAAGAAGAAUAUAAUAUGUCUAAAAGAAACAAUGAAGAAGGAGGCUCUGAAGAGCCCCCUUUGAAAAAAGUACAAUUUGAACCAGUUCGACUUGGUCCUAUAUCAACUAUGGAAGAACUAGAUAUAAAAGUUUUACAAUAUCAAAACAAAAAAUUAGCACAGAGGUUAGAACUGAAAAAUAGAUCAGACAUAGAAUUAAAAAAUCGAAUUGAACAACUGGAAAAACGCCAAACACAAGACGACUCGGUUUUAAAUGUUGUAAAUCGCUAUUGGAAUCAGUUAAAUGAAGAUAUUCGUAUACUUUUGCAAAGAUUUGAUGCUGAAACUGCUGAUGAAUUAGAAAGCAUAAAUGAAAGUGAUGCCACAACAUCAUUUUUAAUUCAAUUGUCGACAUGGGACAAAGAAGAGUUGGACGAAAAAUUAGCUCAUCGUGUGCAAGUCUCUAAACGAGCAGUAGCAAAAGUCAUUCAAGCUUUUGAUAGACUUAUGCAAAGAAAUGCAAAAAUAACGCUUGCUCUCAGGGGAGAAUGUGAUGGAGAUGAAGCACCAAAUGUCGAUAAAGUAAUUCGACAACUUAACAAUCAACUUCAAAGUGAGAAUCAAAGUCUACAUUCCAUAAACACAUCGUUACAUAUGGGACAUCAUAAAAUGUCAUUAAAGGUGGCUAGUCUUCAAGACACUGUUAAUUGUAAAGAGACCGAAGUAGCAGAACUGCGAAAUCAAAUUGAAGAACUACAUUACGAGGUCCAAAAAUACCGAGAAAGAAAUAAUAAACUUGAAACCCAUUUAGCUGAAUCAAGGGAAAAAUUAAAAACAUUAGAAGUUAUGCAAGUUGAUGAUAAAGGUACACAAAAACAAGAGACAACUAUUUGUCAGUCAAAUUUAUCGUUACAAAAGGUAGAAGAAUUACAAAAGGAAACUGAAGAAUUAAGAGAACUUAGUAAUAAUAGACUUCAAGAAUUGGAUAAACUGCACCAACAGCACAAAGAAGCCCUAAUGGAAGUCGAAAAGUUAAAAAUGGAUCUGAGACAACUUCCAGAAAGUGUCAUUGUAGAAACAACAGAAUAUAAAUGCUUGCAAUCACACUUCUCAGUGUUGUAUAAUGAAUUUAUGGUGAUGCGAAAUCAACUAAUCGAAACUACAGGAUUACUUCAGAAUAGUAAAAAUACUCAUUUACGACAAAUGGAAAUUAUGGAGAGUGAUGAGUUAACUGCACAAAAAAAAUUUCGAGCUGAUCUAAUAACAGCUGAAGAUGUUAAUGCUCAAUUACGUAAGGAGUAUGAAAUGUUACGUAUUGAAUUUGAACAAAACUUGGCCGCCAAUGAACAAACUGGCCCUAUUAAUAGAGAAAUGAGACAUUUGUUAUCGUCACUACAAAAUCACAACAACCAACUUAAAGGAGAACUACAUAGAUACAAACGAAAAUACAAAGACGCAAAUGCAGAAGUACCAAAAUUGAAAAAAGAAUUAGAAGAUCAUAAAUUAAAGUUGGGUCAACAAGUUACUGCUGUUGUACAAGAUACAAAAGAAGGACUAUUAGAGACGAAUAAAGAAGAAGAAUGUAGUAUGAAUGAAAGUUUAAAAGAAGAAUUUCAAGCAUCCCAAAUUGUUUUGAAAAAAGAUGAAGAUAUUGAAGGUUUACCGCAGCCAGCUGAAGAAGGUACUCAAAUUGAAGAAAAGGUCGAUGUAAAAAAUAUAAAGAAAGAACAAUUAAAAGAAGGUCAACAAACACCUAAUAAAACAACAACAGCAGCAGCUGGGCCUUCGACUACUCCUGAUCAAAAACCUGUUAAUCAAAAAGAUGUUGUCAGAAAUUGGGAAAGUGAAACUCUAAGAGACUUAAAAACUCAACUUAAGAAAGCUAUGAAUGAUCAAAAAGAAAUGAAACUACUGUUAGAUAUGUAUAGAGGAGUUAGUAAAGACCAAAGGGAUAAAGUUCAACUCUUAGCAUCUGAAAAAAAAUUAAGAGCUGAAUUAGAAGAAGCAAAACAAUCAUUAAAAAAAAUCCAAGAAGGUAAAAGAGAAGAACGCAAAAAACUAGCAGAUGAAGAUGCUUUACGCAAAAUCAAACAACUAGAAGAACAUAACGUUCAGUUACAAAAACAAGUUGCAACUCACAAACAAGAAGAGGAAGCCAUGCUUAGUGAAAUGGAAGUCACUGGCCAAGCAUAUGAGGAUAUGCAAGAACAAAAUUCAAGGUUAAUACAGCAGCUGCGUGAAAAAGAUGAUGCAAAUUUCAAACUAAUGACGGAGAGAAUUAAAUCUAAUCAGCUUCAUAAAUUAGCUCGAGAAGAAACGGAUACACUUAAGGAGUUGAUAAAAACUUUGACUAAUCAAGUCGAAAUGACAAAUACAGUAGUUCGUAAACUAGAAGAAAAAGAACGUAUACUACAGAAUUCAUUAGCUACAGUUGAGAAAGAAUGUUCGAUUCGGCAACAAGCCAUGGAAAUGCACAAACGGAAAGCGAUAGAAAGUUCUCAAUCUGCCGCUGAUCUAAAAUUACAUCUUGAUAAAUAUCACGCACAAAUGAAAGAAGCUCAACAAAUAGUAACGGAAAAAACAAGUUCUCUUGAAGCCGAAGCGUACAAAACUAAAAGACUUCAGGAAGAAAUUGUACAAUUAAGACGAAAAACUGAACGUAUGAAGAAAAUCGAACAGGCUGGUACAUUGGAUGAAGUUAUGAUGGAAGAAAUAAAAGAAUACAAAGAAACACUUACUUGUCCAUCAUGCAAAGUAAAACGUAAGGAUGCAGUUCUUACAAAAUGUUUUCACGUAUUUUGUUGGGAAUGUUUACGAACUCGCUACGAGACAAGACAAAGAAAAUGUCCAAAAUGUAAUGCAACGUUUGGAGCUAACGAUUAUCACAGACUAUAUCUUGGCUCCUAAGUUUUUUUAAAGCUUAUUAAUUGGUUUGAGUCUAUAAUAAUUUGUGAGCUAAAAUUAUUCGAUCUUUUUUUUCAUUUAGUCAGAUCUUCUAUUUAUCAUUAUUAUGUGAUGACAAUUUACUAUGAAGCUUGGAUUUAUUAUAACCAACUGCAUUAUAGUUUUUUCAUUAUAUUUCUCCUACUUUUUAUAAAUCACAUAAUAGUUCAUGUUAAUAGAAAAUAAAAUCAGUUUAUAAACUGAUAAAUAUUAAUUAAUGUAAAUAUUAUUUAUAAUAUUGAUGUA